AUGAUGAAAAGGAGGAGACUGUGGGAUUAUUCCUUUCACUUUUCCUGGAUGAUGGAGGGAGAGAUAUUUGCUGCCACGCUGGUGCCACCAGGGAACAUGCCACCAGAUUCCAGCAUGACUCUGGAACAAAAAACCACCUUUGUCUUUGUGAUUUUACUGUUUAUUUUCUUGGGAAUCCUCAUUGUUCGCUGCUUCCGAAUUCUCCUUGACCCCUACAGGAGUAUGCCAACCUCAACUUGGGCUGAUGGACUUGAUGGACUGGAGAAAGGCCAGUUUGAUUAUGCUCUUGCUUAGAGACUGAGAAUUAUGCAGGCUGAUUUAGUACAUUGAUAAAGAGU